CCAGCCCCCCCCUGGAUACGCCCUUGCCCGUUAGAUUUAUUUUUCCGAGAGGUGGGUUAUGUCAGAGACUCAAUUUUAAAUUUUAAACUUAGUUUUACUGUUUUCAGCUUCCUUCUUCAAGGCCCUCUACUUGUUCCAAUGUGCCAAAUGAAUAAUGAUACAGUUCACCCUUGGGGACCUAGACCUUUAAUUAGCGAUUCUGAUGAAAUCAUUCUAUUUGUUAAAGCGUUAGAAUAUGAUUAUAGAAUUCGAUUUCCGAUGGAUAUAACUCCUAGUGAAGUGCAUUGGCGUGAUUUUGGUGCCUUACAACCUGAAAAACAAGAAGUUUUACAAAGCCUUAUAGAUAGUGCUGUUAGCCUUAAAUUGACCAAAGACGAUCGCGAACUUCUUUGGUCUGAACGUCACUUUCUUCAUCAAUUCCCAAGUGCCUUACCUCUCGUUCUCAGCUCUGCUACAUGGGGUACUUACAAUUUGGGCAAUAUUUAUGCUCUUCUUAAAAAAUGGGCGCCAUUGCCUCCAAUAAUUGCUUUGGAGUUGCUUUUACCGAAUUUUCAAGAUCGUUAUGUCCGUGAAUAUGCUAUUAAAUCAAUUAAGCAGGCUUCUUCUGAAUUUAUUUUUAAUUUAAUUACCCAAUUUGUGGAAGCUCUACGCUUUGAAACUUUUGAAGAUUCUGCUUUGGCUUUGUUUUUGUUGGAGCAUUCAACUAAAGAUAGAAGAUUUGCUUUGGAACUUUUUUGGCAGCUUCAAACAAGAAUUCAAGAUGUUAAAAGUCCUUCAUUUGCUUCACGUUGCAAAUUACUCCAAAAAAUGCUUUUAGAUUUAGGCAUACCAAGCUUGGAAGAUGAAAUAGCUUUUCAACAACAAUUUUUGGAUAAAAUUGAUAAAAUUUCUUUAAUAGUUAAGGAAUGUGGAGAUUCAGCGACUAAAACUUUAAAAAAAAAACUUUUUCAAUUUUUGGAUGUUUUUGAUUUUUCUAAUCUACGCAUUCCAAUUGCUACUUCUUUUUGUUGCAAAUCGCUAUCGAUAGAUGACUGUUCAAUUUUCAGUUCAAAAACAAAACCAAUAAAAAUAGUUUUUAAAGGCAAACGUAAUUCUUUUGGAAUAAUUUAUAAGGCUGGAGAUGAUUUAAGACAAGAUGCUGUUGUUACUCAAUUAGUGCGUGUUAUGAAUGAUAUCUGGUUAAGUGAACAACUCGAUUUGAGAAUUAUUUCUUUUCGGUGUAUGCCUACAGGAAAGGAUAAAGGAUUGAUCGAACUAGUCCCAGAUUGUCGGACUAUAAAAGAAAUUCAAGAAGAGAUGGGUACUGGAGUUAAAGCUGUAUAUGAAGAUAUUGUUCUCCUUAAUUGGCUUAGAAAAAAUAAUUCUUCUGAAUUUCAAUAUAAAGCGGCACUAGAAAACUUUCGACGUUCCUGUGCUGGUUGGUGCGUAGCAACUUAUAUUUUAGGAAUUGGAGAUAGGCACAAUGACAACAUUAUGUUAACAACAACUGGGCAUAUGUUUCACAUCGAUUUUGGCAAAUAUAUGGGUGAUAAACAAAUGGCUGGAAUAUUUAGCCGUGACAGAGUCCCAUUUGUUUUUACAAAAGAAAUGGCUUUUGCAAUUAACGGUGGUCAAAAUACAACAGAAAAUUUUCAACGUUUUGUUGAUGAAUGUUGUGAAGCUUUUAAUUUAUUACGCAAAAAUCGUCCAAUUUUGUUAAAUAUGAUACGAUUUCUUUCUUGUUCUGAUAUUCCUGGAAUGUGUAUGGAAUCUGUGGAUUAUGUGGAAAACAAUUUAAUGUUAGACAUGAAUGAUGUUCAAGCCAAAGUUCUUUUUACACAAAAACUUGAAGAAUCGUUACAAAGUACUCAUUUUACUUGUGGAAUAAUUUUUAGCCUGGAAAAGAAUGAUGGAAGAAUAGAUUCUGUUGUGGUUAGCUCUUUUGAUAAAUGGUCAGAAAAUUCAAAAAAAGUUUAUAUGUAUAAAUUGUUGGUUAGAAGGGUAAAUGAAAAUGUCCCGACAGAGAUUUACAGAUCAUAUCAAGAAUUUGAAGAACUUCGCUUAAAACUUUGCUAUCGUUUUUCUAUUAGAGCCAUUCCUUCCCUAUCACAAACUGUUACAAUUCUUGGAAGAACAAAUGUUAGAGAAGUGGCUAUUCGACGUGUGCCCGAACUUCAAGUUUUCCUUCAAAAAUUGUUCAAACUUUCUGAUGAAGUUGCACACUGUGAUUUGGUCUAUACUUUUUUGCACCCUCUCUUUCGUGAUACUGAACCUGAAAGUCGGAAGAUUAAUGGUAUACCAGACAUUUUGCCAGAUUUAAAUUUCCAUUGUCAAGUACUUCUUCGGAUUACUUUAUUAGAUCAAGCAGAUUUACGCAUCUUUGUUGGUCAUGCAAGAAAUUUACCUUUAGUUAGUCGUGAUCAAUCCCCAGACAGUUAUGUAAAAACUUAUUUGCGUUGGGGAGAGGAGGAUGACAGUAUUUUGUUUGCCCCUCGUUAUUGGAAAAGGAAGACAAGAGUUGUUAAAAAUACACAAAAUCCAACAUAUAAUCAAGAGAUUUGUUAUUCGCUAAAAGACGUUAUUCUACACGGAGUUUCUGUCAAUGAAAUUUCAUUAGAUGUCUCAAUAUGGCAUUCUGGAAAUCUUAAAGUUAAAUUCCCCUUGUGUGAAACUCGUAUUAAAUUGAAUCAAUUGACGUGUGAAGCAGACAAAAGAGGGAUGGAAAAAAUUGAAAGUUGGUUUUCGAUGACAAUUAAUUGA